ACGCGAACGGCCAUCGGGAUGAGGGAUAUCCAGGCGCGUGCGUAAAGACACGUUGCGAUUGUAUUGUGUCGUUGCUCGUUCAGGGAAAACCAACAGCGGUGCCCGUGUCAAACGUGCAAUUUGCUUGUAAUUUUGCGCUGCAAGCGGUGUCUCGGUGGCUUAUGCAGCGCGAUAGUCGCAAAUGACUCAUCUAAUUUCACUUUAAAGACCGCUCGGUCGUGAGUUAAUUCACAAAUUGCCCUUCCGGCAUAUGAUUUCCCGUAAUGCCGUCUAUUAUCGUCGUUACGAUGCGGAAAAUGAACGUAGCGAGAUUGUAAGAGCCGAUAAAAUAUCCCGACGGGGGCAAUCUGGCCGCAUAGUAAUGCCCGCGAAUGUGCGUGCGUAAAAUCACGGCGACCGGUGAUCGGAAUGGAUUUCUUCGACAAUGAGUAUCACGGACUCACCCGACAUCUAAUGGUGUCGCUCGGCCUGUGGCCUUACCAGACGCCGGGACGCCGAAUUGUCCGGCUGCUCUGCGUGACUGUCGUUCUCAUUGAGUCCAUAUUAGCUCAGGUGUCUCCGAUCGUACUCGACUUGACAAUGUAUUCGCGGCCACCGUUCGCGACCGCUCACAGAGACGUGCUGUUUGUUUUUAUAAUUAAAUUCGCAGAGAAAAACUCGCGUGGAGCGAAAUGCGACUUGGCGAAGUCGCUGAAAUUGGUUUGCGCUAAUUGAGUAAAAUUGUGAACCCCGGGAUUCGCGAGUGAUGACAAUUUUUGUCAAAAUUGAAUCAUAAGAUAGCGUCACGACGUUUCGUGCGGAUUUUGUUAUUAAAAUCUAGUCACUUAUAAGUUAUAAAACACGGAUUUUUGUACGUUUAUAAUUUCACGUUAAUGCUACGCGCGAAAGAUUAAAUUAUACUUGAUUUAUGUCAAGAUCCUUUUUUCUCUUUUUUUUUUCUCUUUGUUUUUUCAGUUCGCAGUGUUCAUCACGCAUGAAUACACUACAUCGCUGCUGAUCGAGGUUUUAUCGUUUAAUAUCCUUUGUAUAGUUUAUGUACUGAAAUAUAAUAUAGUGUAUUUCAAAACGGAUCACGUAAGUCAAUUGAGUGAACAUCGGAAGAUGAAUUAGCAAUUGUAUCCUGGGAGAAGUGCGUUCGUCACUUUAGACACUCGUUGCUUGUAAUCACAGGUGAGGAAGCUUUUUAAUCAAAUUCGAGAUCAUUGGAACUUAAUCGAAAAUGUGGACGAAUUGAAAAUACUACAGAAAUAUGCGAACAAGAUGAGGUUUUACACGAUUUUCUCCGGAUGUAAGUGAAACAAAAUACAUUUUCUUAUCGCACAAUUUUCACCGCACUUGCAUUACUCAUUAUAGAGAAAAUGGAAUGAGAUAAUCAGAUAGAUAUAUGAGGAUGAAAUUUGUCGAAUUUCUAGAAACGCGAAUAAUAAAAAUCUCCGCCUUCGUUUUAAGCAUCGUCUGCAAAAUUUUAAUGUUUCCAGCGAUAGUUUAUCCGGGAACAUUCGCUUUUAUUUCAACGAUAUUCGUACCGAUUCUGCUCGAUAUUGUGGUGCCGAUGGAUAAGCCACGUCCACGAAAAUUUCCGAUACAAGUAGAAUGCUUUCUCGACCAACAGAAAUAUUUCUAUCUUUAUUACUUUGUUAUUACGAUAACUGGCUUUGUGGGUAUGACGGUGCUCAUGGCGACGGAAAAUAUGUUUAUGAUAUUUGUACAGCACGCUUGUGGACUGUUUGAGAUCGUCAGUCACCGCGUAACGUGCGCGUUCGACAAAUGUUUGCCGGAGAGAACACCCUCGAAAAACAAAUGCCGAAUUUGCAUCAAAUUGUUGAGCGCUUGUAACGUUCACCAGCAAUGUUUGGAAUUCAUGGAUAAUAUACAGAAUAAAUUCGCAUCGUCCUAUUUCGUCUUAUGCGUAUUAGGCGUGGCGUCCUUGAGCGUUAAUAUGUUUCGUCUUUUUGAGGCGCUUACGAUGAACAACAUGUCCGAAAUUAUUACGAGCGGCUUAUUCGUGUACGCUCACUUCUGUUAUGUCUUUUGGCUCAACUAUUUCGGCCAGGAUCUAAUUAAUCAUAGUGAAUAUUUGUUUCAACAAAUAUGCAACGCACAGUGGUGCACAGCACCGGUACACGCUCAAAAACUAUUAUUUGUCAUAUUGCAACGCAGCAUGAAGACCAGCAGGAUCAUCAUCGGAAGUUUGCUUGUUACGUCAUUAGAAGGUUUCGCCACGCUAAUCAGUAUGUCGUUGUCUUAUUGUAUGGUUAUAUACUCGACUCGCAAAUGAAAUGUAACUUACGACGACGAGCCAACACCCAAUGCAUGAAAUCGCCCGUUAGUAUGAGUACAUUAGCGCUUGUGACAAUGAAAAACGAUCGGAUCUUAUCUGGUGAUGACGAAGUUAAAAUAUGUGCAAAAUUAGAUGUACUAAACAAAACACAAUACAAUAUAUAUAUAUAUAUAUAUAUAUAUAUAUAUAUAUACACGUAUAUAUUAUACACAUGUGUGAUUUAAAAACGCCUUCUACGAUGUAAUAUGCUGAGCGAUAUGUUGGUCGCGAAUGUACAAGUACGGUUGUAAAAUAAGAUUAACCAGUUAUAAGUUUGUGAUCGAUAUUUUAAUCAUCUCACGUAAGGUUUAAAAUGUCUAUUGUUUUACACUCAACAUUCAGUGGUCGAUUUUUUUCGAAGCAACACACAUUUUUUGGUAUCUAGAUAUCUAGAUAUAUUAUAUAAACUUGUAAUAAGUCACUACCUUUGAAAAAAGUUCUGCCCUAUAAAAAGUGAAAUAUAGUCUAGGUGUCCGCGAGCAAAAUUGAAAAUACCGUGCAUGCACAACCCAAUCAUCGCAAUUAAUUAAUUCUAACAGCGCGUUUUACUCGGAAAAUUCCACGAGAGAGUCCACUCUCUACGAAAAGAGAGUUGAACGGAAUGUAAAACGUCGCAUACACAUCUUGCGCAUCGUGUCUUAUGUGCAACUGUUACUCACGAGUCCGGAUGUGUCUGCGGUAUCAUACAAGUUACAUCACAGAGAUCGACUGCGGAAAUGCACUCGUCGACUGACCGAAAGAUGCGCGUGACUCCUGCGCUUGCGUGGCCGCGUCAGAUAUAAAGAAAGUACCGUCGCGGUUUUACAGCGCGAGGGAAAGAACACCGGGCGCUAUCUCGCCGUAAUUUCUUUAAUUAUGUCAUUUACACCGCUAUUUCUCGGCGACACACGCCGCGCCGAGCGAUAUCCGUAAUAACCGCUUUAUGGUCCACCUUCCGCAAACUACUCUGCUAUUUUCUUUUUCUCUCUAUUUUUUUGCUACACCACAUAUUGUCAUGCAUAAUGAAGCGAGUAUGAUCGCUCCCGUGUUCUCUCUCGCGUCCCGGUCAAAAAUACACCGUCAUUCGUGCCGCAAAA